UACAUAUGAGCAGAACUUCGCUGGCGGGCCUCUGUGUUUUCUGUUCUAGAGGCUGCAGUAGCCUUGAAUGACUCGGCAAUAAUCUGCACCAGCAGGAUUUCGGGACGGCUAGGAUGCGCUGGCCGUCGCAGAAACGCAACCUCACGCAAAAGGGCGCGUGGUCGAGUCGGCGCAGUCUGCGUUCGAAUCUGCCCGCUAGGGGAAGAAUCGGCGUUAGUGGCGCGGGCGGGACCUUGAGGGCUUCAGCAGGUUGCAUGGACGCUUGCUGGCGGCGUUCGGCGUGGAGCUUCUUUUCGGGGCGUCUCUUGGCGUCUCACCCGAACUGAGCGUGCGCCUAUCGGAGCGAGCAUUGUCCUGCGCUUCCUUCCGACAUAACGGCAAUAACGGCGCUUCACGCGAGGAACGAUGGACGGCUGGAGCUACACGCUGACCGGGUUCGGCGACUUCCUCGAGCUGCGACGCGUCACGUUCGCCGAGCCCAUGCCGGCCAGCCGCGUCUGCGGCGUCUGCGGUCUCCUGCCUUCCCUCGCGCUGGCGCUUCCCUGCGGCCACGUUCUGUGCGACCUCUGCGUGGCGCAGGUCGCCGCGUCCGAGGGCUGCCCUCUCGACGGGAGGAAGUUCUCGCUCGCCGACGUUCGCUCGAACACCUACGAGCUCUCCCAGCUCGACCAGUGCCGCGUCUUCUGCGCAGCCGGCGAUGGCGGCGGCCACGAGUGCGGCUUCGCCGGCAAGCUGUCCGAACUGAGGAGUCACCUGUCCCUGUGCGGCAACGGCGAGGCCAAGUGCCGCAAGUGCCAUCGACCCGUUGUUCGGGGCCUAGCCGUGCACCAUUAUCGGCAUUGCGCGGGCGAUACAGUCUAUGAUACAGUUCAGCAGAAGGCGGCGGUAGGCGGCGCUGCCGUCGGACGACUCGGAGGCACCAGGAAAGACCUCGACGGAGGCUGCUCACGAGUGAGGACGCCGAGCAGGAACGCUGCCGUUAACGCCGUUAACGCCGCAAACGCAUUGGCCGAAAGAGUGGCCGGUCUCGAACGCGAGUUGCUCGAGGUGCAGAAAAGGUGUCGCAGCGGCGGCGGCGACGACGACAACAAACAAAGAUCGUCGUCGCUUCAAGCUUCCGAAACCAAGACGUCGGCAACGAUAAUCCCGGGGCCUUACCGCGCCGCUUCGGGACCAGGCGUCUUGAUCACCACUUGCAAGUUUGCCAACGUUUACGCCGGCCACGAGUCGCUGAACGAGGAGAAGAGGGAGCUGAGGAUGUCGAGCGACACGUACACGCUGGGCGGUUACACGUUCCGGCUGGACUGCGAAUUCUCCAGGCGCGAGGGCGAGACGUGCGUACGUUUCAUCCUCUUCUUGCGCGACGGCGAGUGGGACGGUCACGUGGUGUGGCCCUUCGGCAAGAAGGUGACCUUGAUCGUCAUGCACCCCAGGGACGCUGGCAACGACGUCCGCCUGCCGCUGCCCAUGAACGAGUACAGGAUGGUGAAGAAGCCCAAGGCCGGCGCUUGGAACUGGGGCCGAUGGACGGACAAGAUACGCUGGGAGAACGUCGAACUGCGGGGCUUUGUCGACAAGGAGACCCUCUACGUCAACGUCGAGUUCGCAUAACGCGCGUUUGGGUGUCUGAGCUCGUCUUACACGUUGGGCCCAUUGCAGUCGCAAGUAUGUUUGUUAACGCCUUGCUCGAGCAGUGUAGAAUGCUCUGCAUAGUGGUCUUAUACUUUGUCUCAGUUUUUUUUUUUUUUCACAGACCACAGCCGAGUAGGAUGUACAAGACCAGUGUGUGGUCAUCGCGAUUUGGCAACUGAGGGCAUAUACAUAUAACGCAUAAUAGAAUGCGUUUUACGUUCCCAGCAUUUUAUAUUCGUCUUGUAGAGUUGGCUGAUUGAAGCUCGGCUAAAUGGCGGUUUUCUUUGCUGCUUUAAUAAAGACCUUUGAGCACAACCGUC